UGGCUUCGACGGCCAGGUUGUCUAGGGCUCAUUCUUCCUUGCGAGGUUAUGUUGGAGUCCCUUUGGAAGAGAAGGAACUAAAGGAGCUAAAAAAAUAAAUCAAUAAAGCAGUGUGGCAGAAGGGCGCAUCGUUUUGUUUUUCCACCCCAAGACGACGAGUUUGCCUUUAUGCGACUAAACGAAGAGUCUGGAAGUUAAAGCGGGCAGUAAGGAGCUACGCUGAAGACCAGAGCGAGUUUUCUACUGUUCUAAUCAGGCAAAGGCACCAUGGAGAAGUGCUACUAUGAUGAGCCUAUUGAGUUCUUCUACAACCACAGCACCAAAACCAUCAGCCAGGAAUGGCGGCCAAGGGACCGGCUGGUGGUUGGUCUGGGCCUUUCAGUCAGUAUCAUUGUCCUUCUAACAAAUGGACUGGUAAUGGCAGCCAUCAUCAUGAACAAACGAUUCCACUUUCCCAUCUACUACCUUCUUGCCAACUUGGCAGCUGCUGACCUUUUUGCUGGUCUCUCCUACAUGUUCUUGAUGUUCCAUACUGGACCCUGGACGAGGAAUCUCACCCAAAAUAUGUGGUUUUUCCGCCAGGGCUUGCUGGACACCAGUCUGUCUGCCUCUGUAGCGAACCUUCUAGCUAUUGCUGUGGAGCGACAUAAAACUAUCUUCACAAUGCAGCUCCACAGCAAGAUGACAAACCAGCGGGUGACCAUUCUCAUUGCAUUUAUCUGGAUCUCGGCUAUCCUGCUGGGCCUGGUCCCAAGUAUGGGCUGGAACUGUCGAUGCCAUCUCUCAACUUGCUCCAACAUGGCACCCAUCUAUAGCCGUAGCUACCUUAUCUUUUGGGCUGUUCUGAACCUUCUAACGUUCUUUAUCAUGGUGGUAGUAUACUUGCGCAUCUUUAUCUAUGUCCGCAAGAAGACAACUCGCAUGUCCCAGCACACAACCUACUCAAAGCAGAAGGAAACAGUGAUGAACCUUAUGAAGACAGUGACAAUUAUUCUGGGUGCGUUUGUCAUCUGCUGGACCCCUGGCCUGGUUGUCCUCUUACUUGACGGAGUCUCUUGCAACUGUAAUGUCUUGGAGUACGAGAAGUAUUGCCUGGUGCUGGCAGAGUGCAACUCACUAGUCAAUCCCAUUGUUUACUCCUACCGAGAUGUGGAAAUGCGCAAGACCUUCAAGCGUAUCCUGUGCUGCCAAUUUGGCCAAAAGAAAGCCCCCAAAUCUGUGAGGUUCAACACGCUGGAGCAGGAGAUGAUUUCAGACAAUGGGCACAGCCACCCUAGCUCGGUGCUCUAGAGGAUAAGGGUCUGGAUGGACUGGACAGCGCCAGCAGCUGGAGGAAUCUAAAUAUUAUAUGCAUUCAUAACAGUUGUGACAGUCCUCCAGGAUCCGGCCCCGGCACACGUCUCUUACAAUAUGAUUGUGACGUGUGAGCCGUAAGGACCGAGUGUGCGACUUUUCCAUCUCGCCCAACGCACAGCCUGCCCUGCUUUCCUCCCCACAAAUGGAUUUCUCUACAAAGCCUUCCAAGAGAAAAGGGGGGUAAUGUUGGCAUUCAGGGGACUCUCAAGUGGCUCGGGCACCACAUGUGGGAAAGCAUACUGUGGUGUUUCGUAACAAAAGAAAAAACAGGAAAAUGGAAUUCUUUUAUGAAAAGAGAAAAGUUCUAAUGCUGUAUCUCCAUUUGUAAGGUUAAUAUACCUGCUUAUUGCCAGGCUGCCUAAAUAAAGCAUCUGCCGGUAGAA